CGCGGGCAGUCUACUGUGCGGUGCACUUGCAACAGUGCCAGUGUGUAAAGGUGGCUGUGGUUUGUUUUGUUCGGUUCAGAGUGCGUGCGAUUGUUUUUUUUUUUUGGUGACACUGAACUGGAUUUAUUUAUAGACCAUGGGCUCACUGCCGCGCGUGUCGGUGGUGACGGGCGCGCGCGUACCCGUGCCGGCCGCACCGCUCACCGAGCACCUGGCACGAAUGGGCGGCGUCGACAGAACUGCGCUCAUUUACUCAGAUGAAACCUGCAACGUACGAGUGAGCUAUGCAGAGCUGGAAGGACGCACGAAUGCCAUGGCGAGAGCUGUGGCGGCGCACGCGCGUCCGACCGGCCCCAAUCGAGACCAGGACUAUGUCAUUGCUGUAUGCAUGCAGCCUACGCACAACACAGUCAUAGCCCUGUUGUCGACUUGGAAAGCUGGUGCAGCGUACGUACCCAUGGAGCCGAGCUUCCCACAAGGAAGAAUCACGCACAUCUUAAAAGACGCCGAACCAUCACUCAUCAUAUAUGACGACACCGCAAAACCAUCAAUGUUCGCCGGUAGUGGAGUUCCAGCGAUAUCCUUUGAAGAGUUGUCUUUGGAAGCCAGUGCAUUACCAGCAGACCGGCUUAACGAUGAAGAAGUCCUGGUAAAGAUGGAUGCUGAUUCCAUCGCCAUUGUUCUGUAUACUUCUGGAAGUACAGGAAUACCAAAAGGAGUCCGCCUCCCAUAUUCGGCGAUUUGCAACCGCCUCUGGUGGCAGUUCCGUACUUUCCCCUUCACGGACACAGAAAGCACAUGUGUAUGGAAGACAGCACUUACAUUCGUUGAUUCAGUGUGUGAGAUCUGGGGCCCUUUAUUGCAUGGAAGGUCUCUAUUGAUCCUGUCACGGGAAACUACUAGGGACCCGCAGAAGUUGGUGCGAGUUUUGGCUGAGUAUCAGAUCCAACGGCUAGUCCUAGUACCAACACUCCUCCGUUCAAUUCUGAUGUACCUUUCUUUGACAACUUCGGAAAGGCCUCUUCAGUACCUCAAGCUAUGGGUCUGUUCCGGCGAGACCCUCGGCAAAGAUCUGGCGUCUCAGUUCUUCCAAUACUUCACUGACCAGAACGGCUAUAAACUAGCUAACUUCUACGGGAGUACCGAAGUAAUGGGAGACGUGACGUAUUUCGUGCUUGAAAAGGUUGCCCAGUUGGAUAUGUUCCCCUCUAUUCCAAUAGGUGCACCUUUAGAUAAUUGCGCUGUAUACCUGCUAGAUGAAGAAAUGAACCCAUCUAGGGAGUCAGAGCCUGGUGAGGUGUGGGUGGCUGGGAGGAAUUUGGCAAGAGGAUACGUAGGAGGACAGGCGCCCGAAAAGUUCUGUGAUAACCCACAUGCUGCACAUCCUGAUUUCAGCCGCUUAUAUCGCACGGGAGACUUCGGCAUUCUACAAAAGGGAAUGGUUCUGUUUGCCGGCAGAACAGAUUCCCAAGUCAAGAUUAGAGGCCACCGAGUAGAUCUGUUAGAAGUUGAGCGAGCUGUCAACAGUAUACAGGGAGUUGAAAAAGGUGUCGUCCUUUGCUACGGCCUAACCUCUGGCAAUCCAGAAAUUCUGGCUUUCGUAACAGUCAAGCCAGAUGCCAGGCUAUCCGGCCACCAUAUCGAAGCUGCGUUGAAAAACUCCCUCACACAGUAUAUGAUACCACAGGUAACAGUCAUAGACAAAAUACCUCUGCUCGUGAACGGUAAAGUGGAUAGACAAGGAUUACUGAAAAUGUAUGAAAACACAAAUAAUAAUGAUGACGACGCAAUUCCUAUAGAUAUAGACUAUUCAGGAGUGAGUCCAAAGGAUGCAGAAGCGGCUCGAGUCCUCUUUGAAACUGUUGGUGAAGUUCUGGGCAGAGCAGUGCGUGGAGUUCUGUCCGUGAAAGCCGGGUUUUACGAGUUAGGAGGAAACUCUCUCAACUCUAUUUACACUAUUACUAGGCUGAGGGAUAAAGGGUAUUAUAUUGAAAUAAGCGAUUUCCUAGGCGCAUCAAACUUGGGCGACGUCUUAGCACAUCUAACCACUAAUCCAGAUGGGACGAGAGAAAAUGAUGAUACCAAGUUCACAGCACGACCUAUGCGACACGAGCAUAAGGAACCGGUCAUUGAGAUGAUCGUCUCUUCGUUUUACGAAAAGGCGGAGUUAGAGCAGUUCCUGAAACACGAGAUCGCAGUUCGGGACUACGCGCACUGCAUCGAUGAAUGCUGGGAGCCGCUGCUGGCUGCGGACCUUAGCGUUGUUUUGGAAGACUCAUCAGGAACCCCAGUUGCAGUGGCGCUAAACUUUGACGCUCGCGAAGAACCAGAAAUCGAACUGACUGGAGGGUUGGCGAAGAUUAUGACGUUCUUGGAGUAUAUCGAGGGUUCUGUGAGAGAUACUAUGCUGCCUGAAGGAAAGGGUGCAAUUCUACACUCGUUCAUGAUGGCGACAGAUGCCUCAAUGUCGGCAAGGGAUAACGUGUUAGCGAUCCAGGUUCUCGAGGUGGCCACAGAGAGGGUAGCGCGGGAGAGGAGUUUCCGAGGAGUCUUCACUACUAAUACCAGUCCUUUGACACAGCAAUUGGGCACAGACGUAUUAGGCUUCCAGACUCUCCUCGACUACCAAAUAAACCAGUACGUUGAUGCCAAUGGAGAUCGGGUCUUCGGACGAGCACCAGACGAUAUGAGAGCCAUUGUAUGCUGGAAACCAGUUGAUUAAUCGACUUGUAACCUGUUAGGAACCAGUAUUGUUAAAGGAAACCAGUGUAUUUUGUGUAGCCGAAUUAAUAUCUACAAAGCAUAUUGUAUUAAGAUACUUACGUGUUUUGGCAUAACGAUAUAAAUCGUGCCUAAUACUCGAAUCAAAAAUGGCGUCAGCAAUCUUUCCCUCUCACACCAUGUAAUGUGUUUAGCGUGUGAGUGAGAUAGAGUGACUAGCACCACUUCGUUUUUUUAUUCGUUUCUUCUUUAUUGGCAGUUGGCACGAGUUAUACACAGGGCCGAAAAAAUAGAGUUUAGACAGAGAAGUUCUAGACAAAAACUGCCCCUAUGGAAAAUUUUAAUUUAGUAUCUCUAAAAUGAUACUUACGAGUUUUUUCCUAAAUUGAUAACUUGGUGGAAUGAAGGCUGUGGAUGUAAAUCUUGUAGACUAGAUAUUAAUGUUAAGUAUAGUUCUAGAUUUAGCUAUAAAUUAAUUGCACCAUUAUAUCUGAUAGGAGUUAGUUUUAAAAUAAUAAAAACACGCCUAGUUUUU